GUGGACUUCAUGAAUUGUGGACCGCAGCACUCCCAAACUAGUGCCCUCAGAGAUUUCACAACGGAGCAGUCUUUCAAUGCCGUGCUCCACGCUUCAUAGAUCCGAAAACUACCGUUGAGUCAGUGGGUUUCUACCUGUUUUUACGCCUCUUUCGAGGGGGAACUUUGCCGAUUUUGCACAUUAAGGUGUAAAUCAAAAUUGGUUUAAAAUUGAGGUGAAGUUAAGGUGGUUCGGACAUCUGGUCAGGAUCGUCCUGGACACCUUCCAGAAUAGGUUCUCUAGGUACGUCCAGCUGGUAGGAGACCCAGGGCAAACCCAGAACACGCAGGAGGGAUUAUAUAUCUCAUCUGGCCUGGGAAUCCCUCGGGACCCCCCAGGAGGAGAUGGAAAACGUUGCUGGAGACAGGGACGUCUGGACUGCCUUGCUUAGCCUGCUGCCACCAUGACCCGACCCCAGAUAAGCGACAGAAAAUGGACCCUGAUGAUUCAUGAGGGUUAUUUGGGCUCGAGACCACACAUUUUAGCCACGGUGGCUCGGUCCACCACUUUGUUCCAGACUGAAACAUCUCACACCAACAGCUGGAUUGGGAUGAAAUAUGCUUCAGACAUUCGUGUUUUCCUCAGGAUGAACUGUAAAACUCUACCUAACUGUUAAACUCCAAAACUCUCUGAUCCUCUGAUUUUUCCCCUAGAGCUAUCAUCAGUUUGACAUUUCAGUUCAUCUGACACUUUUUGAAGAAACUUUUCUUCCUGUUUUUGAAAUCUGUCUCUGGUGAGUCCCCCAACUUCACGGAAGUGACAGGCUGAAUCCCUGGAGCACCCCUUUAAAAUCCUGAUUGACAAACUGUUUCCUUUAAAGUAAAGGUGAUGGGCUUUUAUUAAACACUAACUACAACAAACCAGACAUCACAGCUUCAAAUGUCUGGUCCCAUCCUACCUGAACUAAAAAUAAAAGAUCUUACCUGGGAUGAUCACCGACAGAAUGACAAAGAAGAACUCAGUCUGCUGCCACAUCCUCAGGAUUAUCAGAAAGAAGUGGAGAAGUCUUCAAACCCUCAAGCUAAUAAAGCACAUGAGGAAGUUCUUGAAAUUAGAAAUAUGUCUUAUGAAACAGCAUUUCCUGCUAGUUUUUAAAAAGUAGAACUAAAAGAGGCAGCUGUGAAGGAAGUUGAGGAUUCAACACUCACCAAACUGAGCUCCAAGUCUCUGCCUGCUGUUUGCCGCUGAGCAGGUAGUGGACGGUGGCUUCAUACAGCUGUUUCUCUGAAAACACCUGCCUGCUGCGGCCGAAAACGAGGCUGUGAGAGCGGCAAGACUGAACCGGAACGGCGAACAGAUGAACACUGAGCUGGGACUCGCUGUAAAGCUCCGUGAAGCCGAAGGCAGCUGCUGAUUCAGCAGUAUGACAGAACAAUCAACAUCCUGAUGCCCUCGGCUCCGGAGAUGACGGCUGGUCCAUGUACGUGCAGCCGGAGAUACGAGCCAUCGAGGGUUACCCGGUGGUGCUGCCCUGCACCUUCAGCCACCCGCAGCACUCCCAGCAUUCCUCCCUGCAGGUGUUGUGGCAUCUGGGCCACGGUCAGGGCGCCACCGUCCUGUACCGCUGCACCAACCGGCUCGGAGCCCCCACCUGCGAGCCGGGGCCCCAGCAGGACCAGCGCUACAGGCUGGAGGGUAGCCCAAGAGAGCACGACCUGUCGCUGCGCAUCAGCAGCGCCACCCUGCAGGACAGCGGACGCUACUACUGCAGAGUGGAGGUUCAGGGACGAGAGCGCAUCAGCUUUGAGGACAAGAUGGGAACCAGACUGAGAGUGGAGGCUCCUCCGAAGAUCCUGGCCCUGUCGGUGGAGGGCAGUGAGCAGUCCAGUUACAGAGCUCUGUGCCGGGUCCAGGGCUCCCCGCUGCCGGACAUCCAGUGGCUUGGCCCGGACGACCUGCUGGAGGGUUCACUGUUGGGCCCGGUGGCGCAGGGCACCAACUACCACACCGUCAGCCAGCUGAGAGACGUGGAGCCGGGCCAGCAGUACACCUGCAGCGCCUCCAACCCACUGGGCAAAGAGCAGGCCACCCUGUACGUCCUGCCCCCCCGACCCCCACUGUCCGUGACCGGGGCAUCGACUCCUCUCCUGUUACUUCUGUCCCUGUCUGUGGGGGCAAAGGUCAUCCUGCUGGUUGGGGUGGGGGUGUGGAUGGUGCAGGGAGGAAGUCUGCAGGGAGUCAGCUGCUGGUGGAAAUAACCUGACAUAAUUUAAUGUAUUUACGCUAUGGCAGCACCGUAGGAGCAAGUCCCCUACUUAGCCUUUGUAUUCAGUCUAUAAAGACGUAACAACUGGUUUCCAACGCAGCUGUGAUCGGAUCCCAGUGUUUGUCAGCGUCUCCGUCACCGGCUCCAACUCCUCCUGUGGACACGCGUCAGCGGAGGCUGCUGGAGGAACAGACGAUGAACGACAACACAAUAAAACACAGUAACAUAAAAUAUGUUUAUAAAAGUCUAUAAAAUAUAAAAUAAGUCAUAAUUGCUGACAACUACUCUUUAUUAAUAAACACUUAAAAAUCAUAUUAUUAUAUUGCAACUAUAUCAUAGUGUGUUAAAUCAUUUAGUAAAAUGUAUUAAAUGUUUGCAUUCUGCUUGUAAAUUCUAAACAUAACAGUAAAGUUGUACAGACUUUAAUCAUUAUUAUUGAUCACAUGACCUGAGAGUGUUUCAGAUAUUUUAUUUGUCUUGA